CACAUUCGUUAACAGAAAAGAAAAGAACAUGUAGAUCAUGUAAAUUCAUGAGGGCGCUCUUCAACAUGGAUGCCUCCAUUACACUGGGCUGAAAACACUGGCGCAAAAAAUACUGAUCCUUUGUAUUGAGGGGUUAUUUCGGUUUUUAAAUUGGGGAAGUACCCAGCUGGAAUGUUCUAAUCCGGGAGGCAGGCGGCAUGGCAACACCUCCGAGCACUUCCAGUGCUACCACGGCAACCCCUUCCGGCGGCAAAUCGGACCAAGAGGAGCAAGAAGACAGCAAGACGAAGCUUCGUGAGAUCGGCGACCAAGCUGUGUGGUCCCUGUCAUCAUGUAAGCCGGGGUUUGGGGUCAAUCAACUCAGAGACGACUCAGUUGAAACUUACUGGCAGUCUGAUGGCACGCAGCCCCACCUGGUCAACAUCCAGUUCCGCCGCAAAACCACGGUCCACAGUGUGGCCAUCUACGCCGACUACAAAUCGGACGAGAGCUACACGCCCAACAAGAUCUCCGUCCGCAUCGGCAACAACUUCCAUGACCUGCAGGAGAUUGAGCUCCUGGAGCUGGGCCAGCCCAACGGCUGGAUCCGGAUACCGCUGACGGAUGCCCAGGGCAGGCCCGUCCGGACGUUCAUGAUACAGAUCGCGGCGCUGUCCAACCACCAGAACGGCCGCGACACGCACAUGCGGCAGAUCAAAGUUUACGCGCCUACCCAGGAGAACGUGUUCCAUCACAUGCCCAACUUUUCCACAGUGGAGUGUAGCAUGUACAGCAUUAUCAGAUGAUAAGGAAAGGAGGGUACAUUUCUCCCAAAGGACCAAACCGAGUCAUUACAUUUAUGCUGAAGUUCUUCUUUCAGACGGUAGUCAGGUUGGUGUCGCGGUACUU